AUGAGUGCACCUCGUCCUGGCAAUGGCUGGGCGACCGCCGACGACUGGGCCGCCCACAGGCCCUUCAUCACGUCGCUGUACAGAGACCAGAACAAGACAUUGAAAGAGACUAUGCAGGUUAUGCAGGACAAACAUGACUUCUUCGCAACCGUGAGGAUGUACAAAGCCCGCUUCCAACAAUGGGGCAUCGAGAAGAAGAUCAAAGCCGAAGACGCCGUCGAGAUCUUCCGCCAACAGACGGCGCGAGCCAAGGCGGGAAAGUCGUCGGUGGCCUAUGUCCGGGGCAGGCGGAUCAACCCCGACCGACUCCAACGCUACCGAUAUCGCGCCGCCGCCGUCGUAUCCGAGCAGAUCCUACUCGUCGAGAGGGAGUCGUCCGAGUCAUCACCCGAGGCCCAGCCGGUCCAGACCUCCUCGCACAUCAUCUGCCGGACGCCGUCGCCGGGCCCAUGCGAUACCCCGUCCAUCUCCCCGCGACUCGAAGACCCGCCGGAUCUGAAGGUGCCGCAGGAGUGUAUGCAGAUACUUGGGAAUUAUAUAGCAGGGUCGUUCGAGGCGGGAGUAUGGCAGCAGACGGACCCUGACAAGGCCGAGGUGAACGAUGCAUUCACUUGGGCGCAUUUCCUGGCAACGUCGCAGGGGCUGAUAGCCCAUAAUCGGACCAAGGAGGGCUUUUUCUUGCUUGGCAUCUGUUUCGACCAGUACAAGUCACACCUACAACACCCGGACUCGUUCUUUUGGCUGGCGACGUACAAAGCCGUCAUGCUUCUGGCGCAUCGGGACCGAAAGCUCGGCGAGACGUUCAUCAACUACGCUUCGAAGCUCACCUCCCUGAUGUUACCGCGCGACCACCCAUUCAACCAUGUCUGGUCACGGAUCAUGAUCACCGGUUUGCCAGGUCUGCAGCAGCAUGCAGCAGCCUUGUUCGAGUCCUAUCUGGAUACGUGGAGACACCACAUCACGUCCAUAAACGCCGACGAGAACAGCAUUGUGCAGAUGGCCUUCGUGUUCAUCCAGCUCCAUUGCAGCGGCAUGAUAACCCACGCCUUCCUGCGGGACAUCAUUGAGAUGAUGAUGGGUCUGCUUUCCGGCUCCCCCAUCGCAAGCCAAUAUCUGCUCCAAGAGGCCAAGUUCAGGAUGGCCUGCCUAUUCCUCGAGAAGCGCAAGCUCAACAAAGCCGAGACCGUCAUCGAGGAGAUUGUGUUCUGGCUCGACUCGCAGCCGUACGUCGAGUACAUCCACCUGCGCGUGAAGUGCAUGUGGGCGCUCUUCGAGAUCAAGGAUCACAAAGGCAUGCGCGUGGAGGCACUACAGAUCGGAUAUGACCUCAUUAAGCUGUGUCAGGAAACCUAUGGCAUGGUGCACCUGCAGACCUUGGAUGCCAUGUCUGCGGUGGAGGAGUUCCUGCACCGAACGGGCAAUAAGGCGGUCGCGCAGAUGAUGACCGACGACUUUGAGAACCGGUGGGCUGCCUUUAGCGACUCGGCGCGUGCUCGCAAGGGGUUUCCGCAUCCCAUUGAGAAGCCGUGGUUCCACCGAUGCAUCGAGAUGGAGGAGGAUUCGGCUUCUAUUCAGGAGUCGAUCGACUUGUUUGAACGAAGCUCUUGGCUCAAGGAUACGUGA